AUGGACAAUAGUAGCGCGACGGGACUCACAGACGAGAACGAGGAUGCAAAGUCAGGAACGAUGUCGAGUGACUCGAGCCUGGACGAAGGUGCAAACGCCGCUGAGCGCUGUGGUUACCCGAGAAUUACCCAGAGGCUCCACAAUUUUAUAAGAACAAAUGCCACAUCUUCUCCCAGCAAAUCAGUCGAAAUGGAUACAGUGUGCCUGCCACUGGGUCAAAUGGCCUAGAUGGGCAGAUGAAGCUGCCACUGAUUUGUGA